CUCUACAACCAAACAUCCUCUCGUAUUCUUCUUCAAUCAGACAUCCAAUCGCCGUCUCCACCGUUAAGAAUCCGAGAUAAUGGUUCCGUCACCGUCAAACCCGCAACAGAUCCAACAAUUCCUCUCCUCCGUCCUCUCACAGCGGGGCCCAAACUCCGUCCCAUACGACGAGUCCACCAAGUGGCUAAUCCGCCAACACCUCCUCAACCUAAUCUCGUCCUACCCUUCCCUCGAGCCCAAAACGGCGACGUUUAUCCACAACGACGGCCGAUCCGUAAACCUCCUCCAAGCCGACGGAACCAUCCCGAUGCCUUACCACGGCGUCACCUACAACAUCCCCGUCAUCAUCUGGCUUUUAGAAUCCUACCCUCGCCACCCUCCCUGCGUCUACGUCAACCCCACCGCCGACAUGAUCAUCAAGCGGCCCCACGCGCACGUCACCCCCUCGGGCCUCGUCUCCCUCCCUUACCUCCAGAACUGGGUCUACCCUAGCUCCAAUCUCGUCGAUCUCGUCUCCGAUCUCGGCGCCGCCUUCGCUCGCGAUCCUCCUCUCUACUCCCGACGCCGUCCGGUGCCAUCUCCGUCUCCUCCGCCGUCGCACGAUCCGUCACUGACACGUCCUCCACCUCCGACGGCGGCGGCGGAUCAGAGACCGUUCCCGCCGUCUCCUUACGGCAGAGUGCAGCACGUUCACCACAACCAGCACCAGCAGCAGCAAUCGGACGACGCGGCGGAGGUUUACAAGAGAAACGCGAUCAACAAGAUGGUGGAGAUGGUCCACGGCGAUCUCUCCUCGAUGCGGAGAGACAGAGAAGCCGAGGCGGAGUCGCUGCUGAGUCUGCAGGGAGGUUUGAGGAGGAGGGAGGAAGAGAUCAACAGAGGGUUGAAGGAGAUGGUGGAGGAGAAGGAGACGCUCGAGCAGCAGCUGCAGAUCAUCUCCAUGAACACUGACGUUCUCGACUCUUGGGUUAGGGAGAAUCAAGGGAAGACUAAGACUUUGGUUGAUGUUGACGUGGAUGUGGAUAAGGUCUUUGAGUGUGUGGACGCGCUCUCUAAGCAGAUGCUGGAGUGUACUGCUUCGGAUCUGGCGAUUGAAGAUGCGGUUUAUGCGUUGGAUAAGGGGUUUCAGGACGGGGUUGUUCCGUUUGAUCAGUACUUGAGGAGUGUGAGGUUGCUUUCGAGGGAACAGUUCUUUCAUAGAGCCACGGGGUCUAAAGUUAGGGCUGCUCAGAUGGAAGCUCAGGUUCAUGCCAUCGCUGGUAGAUUACAUUCGUGAUUGUGUUUUUCAAAGUUAUUUUCUUUUUUUGUGGUAAUGAUGCUGUGUCACAAUCCUGUUAUAUAUAGUCUGAGGAUCUUUGAGGAGAAGUCUGUGGGGCUUUGAAUUAAAAUGUCUAUAGACACAUGUGUGCACAUACAAGUUUGAAUGGAUCACGCCCUUUUUAUUUC